UUCCGGUAAGCAGGAACAGCAGCAGUUACAGCAGCAGCUGCAGAAGCAGCAGUAAUACGGUUGUCGUAGAGAAGCUGAAAGAUAACCGCUCCAGCAUCAAGUGCUGAUGAUGACGACGAUGAUGAUGAUCAUACAAACGGAGACGACGACGGCGACGACGACAACGACGGCGAUGAUGCUGACGACGUCGAUGCUAGUCGCAGCUUGAACAGCAAGCUAGUAGCAGAUCGAUAUAGGCUGCUAUAUAGCGCAUGCCAGCUACUGGGGUAGUGGACAAUAUGAAAAACCGUUACCAGAAAACGACUUGGUGUUUUAAUUGUGAAUUGGGCGCACUACUUAAUAAGCAACUAACAACUUCAUCGCUUGUUUACAACCAUUUCAGGAGAACUGCGUGUGCCGUCCUUGUAUUCAUUGCCAGACAGACCAUGGCUGUGGUCUCGGUGUCCAACACAUCUAAUUAUGCGUCUAGGACGCAGGGAAAACGUGACGGGACGGGUCGCUUAUGGGAGAAGCAUAAUUCAAACAGUACACCGUCCUGUAAUGUAUCAUCGUCCAACGUUUCAACUCCACUGGACGUCCGUCUUGUAGACUCUAACUACCUUCUGCAAUUAAUUAACGAGGAAGAUGCAGGCACCCUGGAUUUGGACAGUUACCUGGAGAUGUACCGAUUCCUUCGGGAACGCAUUACAAUUAAUGUUAGUGGACAAGUUUACGAAAUCUGGAAAGACACAUUGGAACAGCAUCCAGAUACCCUGCUCGGUAACCCACAAAAAAGAGCAAAAUAUUUUGACAGGGGCCGGCAGGAAUAUUUUUUCGAUCGUCACAGACCUAGCUUUGAUGCUAUAUUCUUCUAUUACCAAAGUGGGGGCAAACUUCGACGCCCCGAUUCAAUUCCGGACGAUAUAUUCCUCUCGGAGAUAGAAUUCUUCGAGUUAGAAAAGGACCAAAUUGCAAACUACAAAAAAUGUGAAGGCUAUGUUGAAGAAAAGAUCGUUCUACCCGAGAAACCGUGUCAAAGAAAACUGUGGAUAUUACUAGAAUACCCAGAAUCCUCCGUAGUAGCCUAUGUAAUUGGUAUUGUAUCUGUUUUUCUUACGUUGACAUCUAUUGUUCUGUUCUGUAUAGAGACACUUCCACAUUUUUCCAAAAACGACUGUGGAGAUACAAAGGAAACAUACCCAGAUAUGUUUUUCUUUACCGAAACUGUUUGCACAAUUUGGUUUUCGCUAGAGGUGACCUUACGGUUUUGUGUUUGUCCAAAUAAGUUGAAAUUCUUCCAAAAUUUUAAAAACCUGGUCGAUCUUGCUGCCGUUUUACCGUACUACGUCACAUUUGUCAAUGUGAUUAGCAGCAACAGUUGUGAAGCGUCGAAGUCCAGUACGGGCUUAGCUUUCUUAAGGGUUAUCCGACUCGUUCGAGUAUUCAAGUUAACAAAACACUCAGCUGGCCUUCAGUUGCUUGUGUUAACAUUUAAAGCCAGCCUUAAAGGUCUAUUUCUUUUUCUUGUGGCGUUAUUUUUCUGUAUCGUUCUUUUUUCCAGUGCUAUCUACUUCGCAGAAACAGAACUUCCUGACUCACAGAUCCAGAGUAUUCCAGAUGGUUUUUGGUGGGCUCUUAUCACCAUGACGACAGUCGGUUAUGGAGACCGCGUACCUGUUGGUUUUUUGGGAAAGGUUAUCGGGUCAAUGUGCGCUGUAGCAGGCGUGUUAACCCUGGCCAUCCCAGUUCCAAUUAUCACAGAAAAUUUUAAUAAGUUUUAUGCCCAUCGCGCUAGAAAUGCUGGGAUGCCAGAAACUGAAUAGUGACUGGAAUCUCUUUAGACUUAGAAACGCAGCAAAGUUUUUCUUUUUUUUUUCCCCGCUUACUAGAUUAGCGCCUAUUAGUUCGAGCCUGUUUACCCUGCUUAGUGUCAAGGUGUACAACCUGCUGUAGAGAAAUCCCGAUAACGUAGUGUGGAUGGGCUCAAAUAAGCAGGGUAUCAUUCAUUCGGCUUACAAAUGAAAUGGUUUUCUAAUCCAAAUAUUCUAUCGAACUAUCGAAUUAUCGAACAAGCAAUGAUAAAAGCAAAAAAAUCACUAAAUUGAGCAAAAGAAUAACAAAAUUAUCUUAAGGUCUUCACUCGAUGUUUAGUAACAAUCCUGAACACAAGUGACAACUAUAUAUAAAUAUAUGUAUAUAUAUAUAGUUAAUAUGAAGUAUAUAUACACACACAGUGGCCAGUUUGUUAAGGACAUCAAGUACUUUACAUACUGGCCUCCGUGUGCCGAUGUAUUUAUCUAUAUACUGCGGACCAUUAUUUAGAAAACGAUUACUAUGCGUAUAGGCGUGUGUGUGUGCACAUAUUUAUUUAUAUAUACAUAUCCUACAUAUCCAUAUAUAUGUAUGUAUAUCUAUAUGUUUAUAUACGUAUAUACCUAUC